AACAGGCGGAUAACCCGUAUUUGGUUACACCGGACUCAGACUUGAGGGGUUAUUUUUCCCAUCACAUAGGCCUACGGGUUGUCGUUUCUACUGCGCUCGGUGCACUAGUGUAGGCAAAACAUGUCUCACAAAGCUUGUUACACAAACCCAGGAGCAGGGGUUAAGCGACCCCGUAACGACACAGGGAACAAGUUGACAGUUGUACUUGGUGCACAAUGGGGCGAUGAAGGGAAGGGAAAAGUGGUCGACUUGUUGGCGACAGAGUCGGACAUCAUUUGCAGAUGCCAGGGCGGUAACAACGCAGGUCACACGGUGGUGGUGGAUGGGAAGGAAUAUGACUUCCACCUCCUACCCAGCGGGAUCAUCAACUCCAAAGCUCUUUCCGUGAUCGGCAAUGGUGUGGUCAUUCAUCUGCCAGGCUUGUUUGAAGAAGCUGAAAAAAAUGAAAAGAAAGGCCUUAAAGACUGGGAGAAGAGACUGAUAAUCUCAGACAGGGCCCACAUUGUGUUUGACUUCCACCAGGCAGUUGACGGGCUCCAGGAGGUACAGAGACAAGCACAGGAAGGGAAAAAUAUUGGAACCACAAAGAAAGGCAUCGGACCAACCUACUCAAGCAAAGCAUCACGUACGGGGCUGCGUAUCUGUGACCUUCUAGCUGAUUUCAAAGACUUUUCUAUGAGGUUCAAGAACCUUGCCCAGCAGUACCAGGCCAUGUUCCCCACACUGGAGGUAGAUGUUGACGGUCAACUGAAGAAAUUAAAGGAGUAUGCUGAGCGGAUAAGACCCAUGGUGCGAGACGGUGUCUAUUUCAUGUACGAUGCUAUUAAUGGACCCCCUAAGAAGAUUCUGGUGGAGGGAGCGAACGCUGCCCUGCUUGACAUUGACUUUGGAACCUACCCAUUUGUGACAUCAUCAAACUGUACCGUGGGUGGUGUAUGUACCGGACUGGGCAUCCCCCCUCUGAACAUUGGUGAUGUGUAUGGGGUGGUGAAGGCCUACACCACUAGAGUGGGCAUCGGGGCGUUCCCUACAGAACAACUCAAUGAGGUUGGAGAGCUGUUGCAGACGCGGGGCCAUGAGGUGGGCGUGACCACAGGGAGGAAGAGACGCUGUGGUUGGCUGGAUCUGGUCAUCCUGCGUUACGCCAACAUGAUCAACGGCUUCACUGCGUUUGCAUUAACCAAACUUGACAUCCUUGAUGUGAUGGAUGAAAUCAAAGUGGGAGUGUCUUAUAAGCUCAAUGGCAAAAAGAUUCCCUAUUUCCCAGCUAACAUGGACGUCUUGCAGAAAGUGGAAGUGGAGUACGAGAAACUGCCGGGCUGGAAGAGUGACACCUCAACCUGUAGGAAGUGGGAAGAUCUGCCUGUCAAAGCCCAGAACUACAUCCGCUUUGUGGAGAUCCACGUUGGCGUACCCAUCAAAUGGGUUGGAGUGGGCAAGGCCAGGGAGUCUAUGAUCCAGCUGUUCUAGGACACAAGACCUUCCUCCAUCCUUCCUCUCUCCAUGAAGGUGAAUUGAGGUGCUAUGGCUUUAUCUGCCCUGGUCAGAUUUCCUCUGUUUUGAAAAUGUUUUUCCCACUAUACGGGGCUGGCGCAGCCACACAAAGUGAGCAAAUAUGAGACUUUGAGACAUGUUCAGAAAAUACUUAUAUUGAUUGUGUCACAGCGGCCCUUCUGUUGCAAUUUACAAACCAUGAAAUGAUUUUAGGUGAGUUCAGAUAGACUUGUUUAUGUCCCAAUUCCUUUCUUUGCACUGAUAUAGCAUUUGAGUAUUUAGCAAAAUAUUGCUUUGAUUUGACAUUACUGUCAUGUCAGGUAGCCUACGCUGUUUAGACUUGAAUGAACCUUGGCCAGUAUCUGAUGCCUAAUACUUGCAUGCUGAUGUAGAACCACAGCUGAAAAAACUAUUUUGAACAAUGUGUAAUGGCCAGAAUUAUGUAGUCAUGAGUAUAACAUUUUAUUUUUUAUUUAACUAGGCACUUCAGUUAAGAACAAAUUCUUAUUUAUAAUGACGGCCUACCAAGAGGCAGGGAUGUGGGCUGGGAGAAAUAAAAAGUUGGACGAAACACACAUCAGAACAAGAGAGACACCACAACAUAUAAAGAUACAUAUAUACAUAAUAAUAAUAAUAAAGA